UUUUAAAUGUUUCAAGAUUUGUGUUACUAGAAUGAAUGCUUACAAGAGAAAAGCAUUCAUGAGGAAAUUUAUUUACAGAUUUUUAAUGUGAUGUCAGUGUGUCUUUGUGUGAUUAUGUGCAUGUGCAUUCUGGUUCCCAAGAAGGUUAGACCUUUGGAGUUUCUUGCAGCAUGAAUUAUAGGAAGUUGUCAAAAACCUGACUUUGGUCCUAGGAAUGAACUUAUCUUAAUUGUUCAGCCAUGUCUCUAGCCCUUUAAAUAUUUUAAAACCUUUUACUAUCAUCUUGAUAUCAAGAAAUAGGGAAGAACUGAUACAAGAGGAAACCCUAUUCAUGUAUAUGAUUUUGUAAAGAACUUACACACCACAGUUGUCUUCAGGUUCAUAAAAAAGGACUUGCUUCACCUCUUUAAUAUCAUAGCCUUGAAGGAAGCAAAUUACCAUGUUCACACAAGACUGAUGUUGGAGAUCAGUGCAUUGUGGUUCUAUUUUGCAACAUUUGAGGUAGUUAUUAAAGUGUGCUAUAUGUGUUGCAAAUCUAUUUAGUCAAAUUCAAUUUAUGGUCCUUAUAUUCCUCUGUGGCCAUUGUUCAUCCUCAAUUGUGCUUUCAUUUAGAGAUAGAUAUUUUUCUAUUGCAAAGUAUAGAAUAGAAUGGCCAUCAUCUAAGUAGUCCAUUGUUUAUUUAAACAUCAGGCAAUGCUGAUCAUACUUUUCAAGUAAGGGUGUCUGUGAAAGGGUGGUGGGUUUUUAUUCUUGGUUUUCUUUUUCAUAUUUUCACAAAUUCCCUUUAGAUGUUGUUUGUUAUUCAGCCUAGGUUGGAUGUCAGUAAUUUGUCUGGAAUACAUUUGAAUUCAUGAUCCUCAUGUGUCAGUCUCCAGUGUAAAAGUCCAAGGGUAGAUGAUACACCCCUAACGUUUGCUAUUUUUUCAACUUGUUUUAAAAUGUUAAUUUUAAAUUGCUUAAUAGAGGAGAAUAUAAGAAACAUUAAAUACCUAAUGUGUACAUCCAAAGCUGCACUUUCAUCUCUGAAAGAGAUGUAAUGAGGUAAAAUGAUCAGCAAUCAGCUGUACAUUUGCCAUCUGUUUUCCCCUUUUCUCUGCUUAUUUUAUUAGCUUGAUACUAUUUUCCAUUACACAUGAUUCAGUAUCUUCUUUACACAUGUGUAAAGUAAGAAAUGCAUUAUCCUUUUUACUGUUUUUACAAGGUGGCUAAAAUGUCAUAAAUAAGAACUAUGUACACUAAUAUUAUCUUGAAUUAGGACCUCUGCCACUGAAGAAGCCAGGGCUUAUGAUGUUGCUCUGAGAUACCUCUUUUUAAAACUGUCUCAUUGCAUUGUUUAAGUGGUUUCUGUAUUAUUAAUGAAUUAAUGUUGUAUUCGCUGUAAAAUAGUGAUAGAUCCCAAAAAACUAUAGUGUAUUAGUUUGGACUUUAAAAUAGUUGAGCUUAGAGAGGCUUAACAAUGGUAUACUGAAUGCCAGCUUAAAUUUCACCAAGAAGCAGCGUGCAUUACACUAGUGUGCUAUUUAAUACUUGUAUGAGGAAUAGCUAAAUCUGGAGGGUGACAAAUAAUUGUUAUCCAUGACCUUCUCUGAAGAAAUCAUUGUAGCAAGUUUUAGCUGACAGCAGACACUAGGACGACCAUCAGUGUUGAUUGAUGCUGCUAAUUUUCACAGUUUAAUAGAGAAAAUCAUGAUUUAUCCCAUCACCUUGAUAUAUUAUUUGCAGAUAGGAUAGGUAAUUCUCAUCUCUGUUGCAUUUCUCUUGAGUAGUUGAUCUUAUUUGAUUUCUUACAGUGCUUAUUUUAUGUGGCUUCAGCUCUGUCAGUUCAUUUAGAUUGUUUCAAAGCUCCACACCAAACUUAGGAUUUAAAAUGACAGAGUAAAAAUAUUUGUUCUCUAUUCUGUCUGAAGUUACCCUCAUACAACACAAUACAGAUUCCUAUAGACAAAUAUUGCUGUAACUCCAAACUGAAAUAUUUGAAAAAUGGUUGCCAUAUGUAAAAAGAAGAUCCUUGUAGAAAGAGAUCUCUGAACUGACAGAACAAAGACAUGGCUCUUCUGUUUACAAUAGGUUAGGACAUAUGGGAGGCAUUGGAACAUCCAUAGUUGUUUGGCAGCAUGAACUAGCAAGAAGAAAGGGAAAUAAGGUAUACACAAGUGCACUAUCCUUACAGCAGGAAAAUAGAGGGAGAGAUUGCCACAGACUCUUUGGUACCUGUUUUUCAUGAAGGAGUAAUGUUUUAACUUUUUCUAACAUCUAAUAUGCAUUCUCCAUUUUUCUCACAAACACACGUGUAUAAACUGUUAUGUCAGAAAGAACUUCCAUCUAGUCUAGAAUGUAAUACUCUUCUCUCCUACCCCAGUAUUCCUAAGAAUAACUGGUCUUGCGGCACUCAGGCCAUUCAAAGGUAAGUAAUUAAAAGGAAAUGAGCAUGGUCCAUGAAAAAUGCUACAAGAAGAAAAUAAACCAGAAAACAAGUGACAACCCGUGAUGAAGUUUAUACUCGUGUGUUUUUGAGAAAAAUGGAGAUGAAAUUGUACAGGCCUAAGUGGUGGUGAAGUUUAUGAAACAGUUAAACUUUUGAAAUGAAAGACGGAGGACUCAGUAGAUAAGACAUAUACUGCUCCUUGAGUGACUUGAGUUUACUUCCUAGUACCUAUGUCAGGUGACUCACAAUAACCCCCUGUGACUCCAGCUUCAAGGGUAUUGACCACCUCUGUCCUUUAUGUGCACCUGCACACAUGUGAACAUACCCGUGAAUGUACUUAUAAUCAAUAGUCAUUUUUAAAAAUCUCUAAAAUGACAGUGUUGGCUGUACCUUGGUGGUAAUUUGCCAGUCCUGGAUAGAAGCCUUGGGUUCAGUUAGUAGCCCUGCAAAAAAUAAAGUGUUUAUUAUCUCAAGAGCUAGGAGUUAAUUAUAAGAGAGCAGUCUGGCAGAGCUAAGGAAGAAAAGAUGCACAAGGAGGAAUAACAGACAUUAGAAUGGAAAGUCAGCAUUGAAGCCUCAGUGAGGUGGCUUGAUGACAGGCUUUGGAAGUUGAACAAACUGAAAUAGGAAAGAAAGGAGAUGUACUUACUGUAGUUCUGGAAAUAGAGACCCCAGUGUUGCAACAAAAGUAUUUAAAUGACUCCAGAAGUGUUCUACACAGAAAUCUUUAUAAGUUGAAAGAAUACACAAAGACCAAGGAAAAAUGAAUAUAUACUCAUCACUGUCAUUUUAGAUUUUUAAAAAUGACUCAUCACUAUCAUUAUAUAGUCUAGGUCAACAACGUAGGGAAUAUGUGUGCUUCCACUGUGCAUUCCAUGAAAACAGAUCAGAUUUCCCCGUAGGUGAUGCUGUGUAAUUGAAUGAUAAUCGAGAAUAUUUAGCAUUUCAGGGCAGUGAUAAAUUCUGUAACUUAUCAGGGGAAGUAAAUUGUGACUUCACAGGCAAACUCCACUGACAUCUGUUUAAACUAUGCAAACACUGAAAAUAAGUAGUAUGUAUCUGUUCUUUUUUAUAAGCUGCAGAGAAACUGCGUGUGCCCAUGGUAUAUAGGGUGAUUGUGGAACAGUGUGCCAAUAAGAGUAAAAUCACAUAGUUAUAGUACAGAAUGAAAUAACCAAGCAGAAAUAAAUAGGAAAAGGAAAGAAGACAGAGGUAGCAUAAUUUGCCAGUUUCUUGUUAUAACCAGAAAACAUAAGACAGAAAACUUAGAUUAUUGAGUGAAAGAGGUAUUAGUAUUCUUGAAGAAAUAAAGCUAAACACAAUAGGACGUUUUAAAAAUAUUUAAGCAAGGUGAUGUAUUGGAGAGGAGGUAGGAAGUAUAUACAUACUAAAUUUCUAACUAAAGAAGUAAUCUGAGUUGACACCAAGGAUGAAAGACCAAAAUGAUUUCCAAGCUGUUCUUUACCCUUGCAAAUACCAGGUUCAUACAUGAGCAUUCUAACAAACACAAACACACACACACACACACACACACACACACACACACACACACACACACCACAAAGAAACAGAUACUGUAAUCCUGACUAAACACUUUCUCACUUCUUUCCCAUGGAAGUAGUUCUCAGUAUGGUCAGAAGUGAUAUCACCUUUGGACUUGUCAGACAUACAUUCUGAGAUCCAGAGGUCCCAGGUCACAUCUGUGUGUCACAGACAUUGGAGAAGGCCCUCCCUGGAUUCCUCCUGGUCAUAGUGCUCUGUAGUACCGCAGAUGGCUUUUCCUUAGCUUUCUUUCUUUCUGGUUUUUCUUUUUAUGUUUGUUUUUUUGUUCGAGAAAGGGUCUUUCUAUGUAAUUCAAGCUGGUCUAGAUCACUGUGUAGCCCAGGCUGGCCUUGUACUUUCUACCCCCUGCCUCAGCAUACCAAAUGCUAGCCUUAUAGCCAUGUACUGCUAUGUUUCACUAAAUAACUUUGUGUGUGUGCUAUCAAUCUUUGUUAAAGUUAAUUUAAUUUCCUUUUUUAUUUUUGCCACAUUGGCCUUUUUAUCUUUUCAGAAGUAUCUCUUUGUUCACAGAAAACAAGAUUACCUUCCUGUUUCAUGAAGAAGAUGAAAACAGCUUGGUUACUGUUGAGAACAUCCAAGAGAACACCACACACCAAUGAGUAGAAUCAAUAAGAACGUAAUCUUGGCCCUUUUAACACUGACUAGUUCUGCAUUUCUGCUGUUUCAGUUGUACUACUACAAGCACUGUUUGUCACCAAAGGAUGGCUGGUUUCAGAUAGCUGAGAAUAUGGGAUUUCAGUGCUUAAAGACUGAAAGCAAAGAUCCUCGGCUAGAUGGAAUCGACUCACUUUCUGGAACUGAAAUCCCUCUGCACUAUGUCUGUAAGCUGGCCACUCACGCCAUCCCCUUGGUGUUCUUUUAUGAGAGGAGCGGCAACUACCUCUGGCAUGGUCACCUGCGGCUCCAAGGACACGUGGACAGAAAGUUUGUUCCUUUUCGAAAGUUACAGUUCGGUCGUUAUCCUGGAGCUUUUGACAGCACUCUGGAAACUGAAGCAGGAGAGUUGCAAGCUGCAGGAUGGUAUCGGCAGUGCAGUAUUAUUCCUUAUAGCAAAGAUGUCGACCUGGGAAUUUUUAUACAAGAUUACAAACCUGACAUUAUUUUGGCAUUUCAGAAUGCUGGACUUCCACUAAAACACAAGUUUGGGAAGGUUGACAGCUUGGAACUAUCCUUCCAGGGAAAAGAUGAUGUAAAACUUGACAUUUUUUUCUUCUAUGAAGAGACUGACCAUAUGUGGAAUGGAGGCACGCAGGCCAAAACAGGAAAAAAGUUUAAGUACCUGUUUCCCAAGUUCACACUGUGCUGGACCGAGUUUGUAGACAUGAAUGUCCAUGUGCCCUGUGAAACAGUUGACUACAUUGAAGCCAACUAUGGUAAGACCUGGACGAUUCCUGUCAAGACAUGGGACUGGAAGAGCUCGCCACCAAAUGUGCAGCCCAAUGGUGUCUGGCCUAUUUCUGAGUGGGAUGAGGUUAUCCAGCUGUACUGAGAAUACAAAGUUAAGGAGGGACAUUUCCCAAAAAGAAGGCGGGUAACUGUUUAAAACAUGUGAGAGCCAAAGAAGAUAAGUGAAAAGUUUGAAGACAGAAAUGUUCUAACUCGUGGGCCAUCUAAUCAGCUCUGCCAUUCAGCAUUUACUGAGGCUUUUAUACACCAGGUAAAACACUGGGUUCUGGUGGUCAGGCAGAGAUGAAUGAGCAAAUGCCUGCCUCUUGCUUGUCAUGUCCAAUUUUCUGUUAAGGGAGUCUCCCCCACCUUCUGAAGAGCUGAUGUGCACUGUGAUGUAUUUUAUGAUUCUUAAAACAUUAAAUAAUGUUUAUACUGGAAAGUGAGCUUAUCAGACAAAGCUAAGGAAGGGUACAUUCGUUAGGAAUAAGUCCUUCCUGCCAGCCCUCAGGACUUAAGCUGCUGUGUUAGUGCCCCUUUAAGGUUGUGGAAUAUGAGUUAGUAUUUUAUGAGUGAUUAGACUUUGUGUCACACAGAGAAAGACAGUGGCAGACUCAUGUUACAAGCAAUGCGAUCCACAGUUGACUUAAAGCACAGGGCGAUUUAUAAAGGAACAUGAGAGCCCAUUUCAAGUCUUGUCAAGAUGUAUCCUCUUUUCUUCAUAUUUGAAGUGAGAAGUUGAUGCCUAUGUGAUGCUUAAAUGUCUGACGUCAUAGGAACAUGGUCACUGACCUGCAGUAGUUCUUGAUAAGUCACUCAGUCAUGCUGCCCAAAAGUUGUGAUUUCACAGAGCUUACUUUGCUCAUUUCAUUCUCAAUCGCUGUUAGACUUAAAAAAUAGGAGUUAUUCAUGGUUAUUUUUCUAUGUUCUGAACUUAUAACUCUUCUACCCUUAAUUUGAAUGUUGACACUAAAUACUAGUAGAUAUACCUCUGAGUUUUCUAAAUAUACCAUUUAUUUAUUUAUGAACCGUAGCUCUAUUUCUUUAAUCGAUAGCCUACACUCUUAAUUGAUUUAGUAUAGAGAUAUGACUGUUGUUCUAUCCAAUAUUACUUCAGGUUUCCAUAAUGGAGGGUUAAUGUGAAUCUGAUAACUCUUCCUCAUUCCAGAUCACUGCUUUUAAAACCUGUGUCCAUCUCUAGAUUUUCCUUCUGCUGAGUGUAAUAAUGCAAGGACUCAGACUUCCCUACUACCAAGUGCUACACCUGCUGGACCCCUUGACAUUCUUUUUCUUCUCAUUAUACACUCGUGAGUAGGUUGGGCUAGCUGCACCCAUCUCUGUACCUGUACUUAAGUGAUGUGCUCUAAGUGAGAUAUGCAGGACAGUCUGACACAGUUUAUACUGCCUGGGAGAAGAGAUUCUCUACUCUCUGCUGCUUAGGGAUGCUCUCCCUGGCAGCUUGACAGAUUUCCCUGUGGAACUAUAGUUACUAAAAUGGAAACCAGAAUAUCUGAGGGAAUGAGCUGGCAGAAAUUCAAAAACAAAAACAAAAACAAAACAACCUUGGGGGAAAUUACUUAAAGCCACCCACUUCCAAAUUUUAAAAUCACAUGAAAACUCUUUGAUGGAUGAAAAAACCACAGUCUGUGAGGAUACAUCCUCCAUGUAGGAAUACUGAGUCUCAUCAUAGCUGUCAUAUUCAGAUUUUCAGGAAACAAAUUAUAGAUCAUAAACAGUUCUGUCCUAGAAAAUAACUCCAUAGAAUAUGUAUCCAUGCUUUAGAUAGCCAACCCUAAUUUCAUUUUUUUUGUGCCCCAGAAAUAAAAUGAUUAUAAUAGUGUUCUUGAGAAAAACCCACCCUAUCUGCAGAGAACUGUUUGUUCGUAUCAGUAUCCAGAAGUAAGUUCACUCUCAUCACAUUUCUUGAGAGCUCCCAUCUUCUGCCAGGAGAUCUCGCCUACUCCUGUUCAAGUUACCUCACCUGUGUCCAUCUUUGGAGUUCAAGGUCUGGAAGUGUUCAGAAUACAGGCAGUCUUGGCCUGUGGUCAGAGGUUCUAUAUUCCUCCCUACACAGAGGACAGCUAAACUUCUUGUCUUCCCUCUGGUUUGGUAUUAGUAUUUAAGUUCCAUCCUAUCUUGCAGAAAAUGAAAGCCUUUCCCCCAGAACUCGAAGGUGAGGCCUGCAUCUCAAAAUGAUCCCAUGAUUCAGUCACAGUUACGCCUGUGCUUCUUAACUGAACUCUGCUGAGUGUCCAGAGACCUUGGGUUAGGUGUGCCCACCACCUGUACCUUCUCAGAUACCUGUACCUUUUCCUUUCCUCCCUGAAUAUGCCAAGUGUCCUUCUCCUAUAUGACUACUUUCUGGUCCCAUCGCCUGGCUUGUUUGAAGACACCUAGUGUAGUAACUUGUUGGUACCUUAUGUAACCAAGGUUAUCUGCAGAGAGACCCUGAGGAGCAAUGCUUUCUCAGUUUGAAACAACCAGCUACUUCUCCAAGCAUGGGGCACAUGCCGUGCUCUUGGCUGCAGUUUUUGACAUCUGCCCUCUGAGAUAGAAUGCUAGUAACCACAAGUGAGCAUCCCUACAAAUAGCCGAGCAGUUAGAGGGCAGGCUUCCCAGAUUUCCUAGCUGCAGACCCUGAAAUGUGGGCCCUGUGUACUCAGUGAAACAUUCACUCUAGCCCUCAUUUUCUCAGCCACUGAGUAAUCCCAGGAAGGAGUGAGCUGAGCAAAAGAGCUGAGGCCGAGAUCCAAGCUUUCUGUGAUUUCUAGUCUGCUGCUGUCUGCAGUUCUGAGAUGAGUUCUUAGUGUGGCCUCCAUGACACAUCACUCCAGUGUCUCAGUGACAUGUGCUCUGGGGUGUUCGUGCCAUCCCCACUGAAGGCCUGAGGUGACAAAAGACACUAAGGAGGAAUGUUUCUUUCUUGUCCAAUAUAGUUUAACUAGGACACAGAAAUUGCAGGUGAGGAUAUACUGCCUUACUCAGAAGGUGGCAUGCCAAAAGUUGCUUAGAAAUAAUAUGGGGGCGGGGCACUGAUGAGAUGGCUUAGCGGGUAAAAGCACUUGUCACCAAAUCUGACAACUUGAGUUGGAUCCCAGGAUCCAUAUGGUGCACGGAGAGGACUAAUUUCCACAAAUGGCCUGUGGCCCCUGCAUACUUUGGAAUGCUUAGUCAUUUACUACCCACCCUGCAUAGACAAGUGGGCUAGGGGAGUCUUCUUGCCCAGCAUGUGUGAGGCCUGGAUCAGUACAAAGCACCGGAAGUCUGAGCAGAAGGAUCACCAUGUUCAAGGCCAGCCUGGGCUACAUAGUGAGUUUCAACCCGUCCUGGGCUACUGUGUAAGACCCUGUAUUGAGGGAAGGAAAAGGAAGGAAUAGAGAGAGAGGGAGAGAAUGAGAAUAUACUCAUGUCAAUCAUCUGCCUACAAACUUAUUUUUUUUCUAAUCCAGACAAGACUCAACAGGGUAGGUAAUGCUGUUUUAAAUCACUUCACUUUAGAGCAAAAUACUAAUUGUAGUUGAUUUUAGACAAACAGACCAAUUCAGUGUUGAGACCUUUCAUAUAGCACUAGUAAGCAAAUAUAAAUUUUCUGAGAAAUUUGUUUCUGUACCCUCUUACCUAGGCUAGAAUUUGUCACUAUAAUUCCUGGACCCAACCGAAUAGAAUUUCCCUGAGGGCCCAUGUAGUCAUCCAAACUUCUACUUAUGAGUACCUUCACAGAAGGGGGUAUAUAGGAAAGCUUCGUCAUAUAAGGUAUUCUGUCAUACACUUUAAAAACUCUAAGCUCUUACAGCCUUCUGGCAGUUUAUUCAAAGCAUGAAAACUAGUUCAUGAGUUUGUUAAAUGCAAACCAUGUAGCUCUGUUAACAUGUGUGUGACUAUGAACAUGUAUGUGAAUUUUCUCGACAAAGUAAUAUUUUAAACAUGAGAUUUCAGUGUAGCAUACCAGUUUACUAUUUGGUUUUUGUCUUAAGGUAUAGUUUAUGGUCCUGCUGAAAACACUUUUAAUAUUAUUACUGUGAUCUGAAUUUGUAAUUUAUAACCACUUUGGGAUGAUUAAUAAAAUGUUUUAAUCUCUUG